GGAUGCCAACAGAUGGCCGAGGAACUUUCCUCCAAGGGGGUCACGUUGCUCUCUCUCUCUCCCACGUUCUUGUCUCCUUUUCAACGGAUCUGACUUCUCCUUCAUUUCUAUCCCCUUUUAAAAAAAACACUUGGGACCAGCAGCUUCUCAACCGUAGGAGAGCCAAGACGAGAGAACUUUUUAUCCUCCCCAGCCUCUCCAGUCACCGGCUCCUUCAUCCGGCUAGGACGGCGGAGUAAACCAUGCCCUCCGACUUUCUAACGCCUUUCUUGGAACUGGAUGAGGAAUUCUUUAAGAAUUUCCGUGGCCUGGAGGCAACAGAUGGCUCGUCAAUCGGCUCACAGCCGCAACGGACGCAGCACAGUCAGAGAGUCCUGGGCUUCCAGCGUCGCCAUUCUCUGUGCCCCGUGACCCUCCCUAACUCCAAGUUUAACAACAGCAGCAGCAGCAGCAGCAGCAACUCUGAGGUGACUGACGCGGCAGCCGGCUGGGGCCUCAACGUGGCCCCCAGCCAGGGGUGGAGCGGAGAAAGUCAGCUUCCUCGCUCCACACUCAGCCACAUUCCCUUCAGGGUCGACCGCUCGGUCAGCAUGAUCGAGGGCAACGUCAGCGGCUCAGUAGGCAGAGACGACCAGAUGGCUAACGUGUCCCCGAAAGUGCUGCUCCCGCCGCCAGGCUUCUCCCUCAGCAACGCCUCCUUCUCCUCCCUCGUGUCCCCCUCGACCUCCAGGCCCCUUGCCCCCUCGCCUCACAUCUCUACCCGGUACAAGACCGAGCUCUGCCGCACCUUCGAAGAGAGCGGGACCUGCAAGUACGGCGCCAAGUGCCAGUUCGCCCACGGCAUGGAUGAGAUGAGGGGGCUCAGCAGGCACCCCAAGUACAAGACGGAGCCGUGCCGCACAUUCCACACGAUAGGCUUCUGCCCGUACGGGGCCCGCUGCCACUUCAUCCACAACGCCGACGAGGUCCUCGGCAACAGCAUUGCUGGCGCGCCUCCGCAGAAGAUGAGGCCUCCUCUCCUGCGGCACAGCCUCAGCUUUGCAGGCUUCUCCUCCUCUAUGCAGACUUUCCAACCAGUUGAGGAGUUGCAGCCUUCCUCGUUCCUCUUCACCCGGGCCUCUUCCGUCUCCCCUCCUCCGUCCUCCACGGGGAGCCCGGAGCUCCUUUCCCCUCUCUUCCCCGAGCCGGGGGCCCUAAAGCAUUGUCCCUACCCUUUCUCCGGAAUCCCCGCCUUGACCGACGACGGCGGCGAUUCGGCUCUGCGGUUCUACGCCAUUAAGGAUUCUGUCGGCACCAGGUGUUCGUCCGCUUUCCCAUCCAAAAACCCGAACCUGGCGUACCACCUCCCCCAGCAACUGCCGGUCUCCCUGAGCGGCCUGGCCGGCCUCCAACGCUGCUCGUCGGCAGACUCCCUCUCUGAGGAAGGCUACACCUCCUCCUGCUCGCUCAGCUCUUCCUCCAGCGGCACAGAGUCGCCGAGCUUCGAGGGCCGUCGCCUGCCCAUCUUCAGCCGGCUGUCUGUCACAGACGACUAGGGAAGAGUUUUGCUGUAGGGCUGGAUUUCACCAGGGCGUAAGCGGUCUAGUUGUUAAGUUGAUGUGACGAGGUACUGGUGUCGGCUCUUCUUUCCGGUCCACAAACAAUUUAAGAUACCUGUCACAAAGGAUUAAAGCAUUAGUUAUUCAGCUCCUCCCUAAAUCCAGCCAGGUAAACAUACCCAACUUUGUGCAUAUUGCAUUCCUCAUCCAAGCAGUUGUAGCGCUGCUCAGUGUUUGUCCACUUUUAGCUGACUUGUUUUUUGUUUUUUUAUUUUUUGAAUUGUUGUUUUUAUGAAAUUGUUUGCCAUUGUUACUGCUGUAUACUGUUGUAUACCCAUUUUAGAGAGUAUUUUGAGUGUACUUUGUGGAGCUUGGCAUUGACGCCCAUAUGUUAUUCCUACUGGGUGGGUCAGUUCCAUGUGAGAGUUUUCCUUUGCCCUGAAUUGACAAGGAUUAUGAGAUGAAUGCUGUUUGCCGUAUGUAUGACUGGUGUGCGCUAUCCACAUUGUAUUUUUAAUAUAGCCAUGUUGUUUUUUAACAGAUCUUAUUUGUACUCCUUACAGUUUAUAGUGACGCUAGCAGCUCUUCUCCAGUUGUAUUGAGGCUUUCCAAAUGUGUCAAACCAGCCUCUUUUAACUGUAUGCUGUCACUGAUUGAGUUAUCAAUUGGUUGAAUGGUUGUAGCCACGUGAUUGUAUUUGUCAGCCAUUUUUACUGCUUGUCAAGGAUUCAGCUGAACCUCAUUUCAGCAAAAAGAAGUGUAAGCGACCCACUGACUCUCUCUAGUUACCAAAGUUGAUGUUAGAGUUCCCCCUAACCCACUAGAACUGUUAACUGUUAGUCUUUAACCACAGGGUUAUGAUGACUGUUGUUAAACCUUCACACUUUCGAAGACUUAUUUAUUGCUUUUUUGUAUAAUUCGUUGAGUUUGUGGUUAUUUGUAUGCAUUGUUUUAUAUACCCGAGAAAUUAUGCUUUACUUAUGCAUUCAUGAUGUCUGAUAUCUGCUUGUUUUUGACGCUAUCUAGCAGCUUUAAGAAGGCUCGCGGACAGGAGAGGGAAAAGGAGAAAGAGAAACAUUUUUGGCAUUCUAUAUGUACUUAUGUUGCCUUAUUGGCUAUCAGGCCUGGCAGAAAUCAGGACUUGCUGAGUUCUCACACAGACAGCAGCUCCACGAGUUGGUCCCCUGCAGAGCCACCGGCCUGCCUGCUGUCAUUGUGAGCAUCCGGCGAGUCUCCUCUCCUCUCCAUGAAGCCUCCAAUCUCUGACUGUAAUAACCUUUUUGUUAAGUGCUGUUAUCUAAAUGUAAAGCAAAAUGCUGGGGAUACGGGGGUGUUUUACGCAGCUAUCAAAAGAAAUGUGUAUGUUGGAGAAUUCCAUAUUCCAUUGCACACGUUCCUUUCAUUGGGACUGCUGAACUACAGCCUUGUGGUCCUGGUGUGUGGAGAUCCCUGUGUGCCAUCUACUUGUUGACAGGUGACCUUUGUUUAUUGUUGACUUUUAUGAUUCUGAGUUGCCUCGAUGAAAAUGUGUUUAUUGGCUGACUACUGUUGCACGCCAGCCAGCUGGUUAGCUCGCUAACUCUCCGAAUGAAAUCAAGCGAGUUUGAAUGAAACAGGCAAUGUCGGCAUUGCUUGUUUUGUGUCGUGAAGUCAACUCAACCUGCUCCAAGGAGUCCGGAGAUGCUUCUUGUAGUUUAUUGUUCGCUUGAACCGGCAGCAAGCCGUUUUUUUUUGUAACUUUUGUUAACUUAAAGCCUUAUUUAUUUUUUUGUUUUUCGAAGCGAAACCUUAUUGUGGUGUUUGAUAUCUUAUUUUCUUUUUUGUUUUCUUUUACAUAAUUUACAACAAUAAUUUAUAGUGCAUUUAUUGUUUACAUUCCACGAGUUAUGUUGAUAUCCUAGCUCUUUAUCUUAAUAUAUUUGUCCCCUUUUAUUUCAAAAUAAAAGUCUUUGAAAAGUGA